AGUACAAGUAGCCGCUGUUGUCGUGUAGGGCCAAGCAGCGAUGCACGAGUCGGUCGUCAUGUUCCUUGCGCCCUGGAGCGCGAUCAUGGGCCUGCUCUACCUCACGCCUCUCUCGACCUACAUGGGCGCUAGCAGCCUCACGAUCGUCUUCUUCAUCAGCGCGAUCCUGGCCCUGCAGUUCCUCGUCGUGAAGCGCUCCAACUACAGCAACGUCCGCACGACGCAGGAGCUCCACGUGCGCCGCAAGGUCCAACACGCGGGCACGGGCGUCUUGAUCGUCGUGGCGACCUUUUACGGCUCGGCCCUCGAAGCCGCAGUCAUCUUGGCCAUCUGCGCCUUGACGUUCUACUGUGUGAGCUUCAUGCGUAAGCAGUCCAAGGCCGUCGACGCCAUUUACCUGCAAAUCUUUGGGCCGAUCCUGCGCCAGCACGAAGUCGGUCACCGCCUGCCUGGCGCCUUUUACUUUCUCAUGGGCUCGGCGCUCUCGUUCGUGUUAUACCCCAAGUUCAUUGCCCAGCUCGCCGUCCUGCAUCUCUCGCUUGGUGACCCGUGCGCGUCCUUCUUUGGCAUCACGCUGGGCCAACACUCGACCAAGCUAUGGAACGGCAAGACCCUCGCAGGCGUCAUUGGCUGUUUUCUCGUCUGCCUCCUUUCGAGUGUCGCCUUCCUCACCACGGCGACGCACGAUGCAAUCACGGACCUGAGCACGUUCCAGCAACUUCUCUUGAUGGGCAUGGCGGGCAUUGCUGGCGCGAUCGGCGAAGUCCUCAACGUCGGCUGCGACGACAACCUCUCGAUGCCGCUGUUCUCGGGGCUCUUCAUGACCCUUUUUUACCACGCAAUCCUCGCGCUGUAGAAGACAUGGUUUCUGCUUUGUACCACUUAGCUUAAUAGAGUAUAUUGUGGCAACGGCCCCAUGCCCUUGACGAUGAU